AUGAAGGUCGGCGACAUGAUGGAAGCCAAGAGGAAGAAGGGCAGUCCUGCGCAGGGAGAGGAGACCAGAGAGAUGAAGAGAGAUCAUUUGAAGCAAAAUUGGCGAGAAUCGAGAAACGGGAAGACACUUAGCUUCGGCAUCCUGGCACUGAUGCUCGUCGCCUCCGUGCUCAGCAACUUUGCCGCUUUCCACUUCAAGGAGGCCCUGCCCUGCAAUCUCUACCUCUACCUCGCCAUUUCCAACAUCGUCCUCUUCAUCACCCAUCAAUCGCUCUCGGUCUACUUUCAUCCCGAGACCGUGUCGCUCGCCACCAGCCCCGUGCCUCCGCUCGUCCCGCACUCAUGGCGCGGUCGGAUAGGCCGCCAGCUCAUGCUCGGAUUCGAAUUCCUCACCAACAAGCUGGGCGUGACCGUGCUCUGCGCCCAACUGGGCUUCAUCCUGCAUCUCUUCCUCCUCUCCCCCGCCGAGGGCCGCCUCGAGAUGAGCGUGCUCGACCCCAAGCUCGGUCGACCCCUCCCCGAGAAGGACUAUGGCAACAGCUGCGACAACCUCAGCCAGGUGUACGACUCGCUCUACGACUUCUUCGUGUUCGUGCACUUCACCGGGUUCAUGCUCAUGGCGGGUUGCAUGCGUAGCUUCGCGAUGCCGUUUGCGGUUGGCGUGUUCGAUGAGCUCAUCGAACUUUCCCUGCAGCACAUCUUCCCUAACUUCCGCGAGUGCUGGUGGGACCACUUCCUCGCGGACAUCUUCGGUGCCAACCUCCUGGGCUGCCUCACGGGCUAUCUCAUUACCCAGGUCACCGACGUCCAGCCCUUUACCUGGCUCGCGCCCGUGCCGGUCAACGAGCCCUCGCCCAAGCCCCGCCUGCGCCUCUUCCCCUCGCCCUUCUUCUCCAAGGUCUACGACCUCUUCUUCGGCAGCGACAAGCGCCCGCUCUUCUUCCUCGCCAUCAUCUUCUUCCAGCGCACCGUGGGCUUCGUGAUCCCGUUCGCCUUCAAGUACGUGAUGUGGGUGCCGGUGCCCCACAUCAUCUUCAUCUGGCACGGUGUCUGCCAGUUCGGACUUCAGCUGCGGCUCUACGCCGAACUCUACCAAGACCUGGCCUCGACCUACGCCGACGAGCAGCACGCCCAGCACCACAACAACGGCAAGGACCGAACGCCGACCAAGGGCUCCACCACCACCACACGAAGCGCAUCAGCAACAGCGACAUGGGGAUCUGGCGGUACCAGUGGCGGAUCAUCAACGUGGCCCAACCUCACCCCGCCCACCGAGAUCCUCGCCAUCUGGCUCUUCAUCGUCAUCGCCAUCGCGUUCUGCCUCACCUUCUCCUUCGACAAGCGUCCCAAGAGCAGCCGCUCCUCUUCGGCCGUCAAGAGGAAGAUGCCCUGA